CGUGGUUGGCAUCGAUGAUUGUCCACCUCUAGCAGACACCAAGGAAAUAAAAAAUAUUUGCCGGGCGUUGUGAUGUUCUUUUUCGGCUGAAACCCACUCAUUUGCCAGCUGGCGAGCGCAGGAGCAAGAAGCACACGACCAGGACACCAAGAGGGCCAUAGGGAUGUGGCACGAGGCGAGAAAGCAGGAGCGUAAGAUCCGCGGCCUGAUCGUCGACUACCGAAAAAGGGCGGAGCGGCGGCAGUAUUUCUACGACAAGAUCCAGGCGGAUCCCACCCAGUUCCUGCAGCUGCAUGGCCGGCGGAGCAAGAUCUACCUGGACCCUGCGGUGGCCGCUGCCGGCGAUGGAGCCGCCAUCAUUGUGCCUUGGCAGGGCCAGCAGGAUAACCUCAUCGAUCGCUUCGAUGUGCGUGCCCAUUUGGACCACAUACCGCCUGUAAACAAGGCAAGCGGAGAAGGAGCCGACGGGGAUUCCGAGCUGACCACCGAGGAGCGCCAGCUGAACUACGAACGCUAUCGCAUCCUGGCCCAAAACGACUUUCUUAAUGUGAGCGAGGACAAGUUCCUGCACCAGCUCUACCUGGAGGAGCAGUUUGGGGCCAAUGCCCAGUUGGAGGCGGAGCGGAAUCUGGCCAAGAAGAAACAAAAGUCGGGUGGAGCUACCAUCGGCUACUCAUACGACGAUGCGGGUGGCGAUGUGGCCACCAUUGGCCCGCAGCCCUUUGGGGCCGCCAGUUCGACUGGAGCUGGAGCAGCUGGAGCUCCCCCAAAGGGCGACAAGGCGGAGGGCAGCGAUGAAUCCGACUCAGACAUCGACAUGGACGUCUCCAUUGACAUUGGCAAACUGGACACCGCCCAGGCCCAUGAGCUUAACGCCUGCGGUCGCAACUACGGCAUGAAGAGCAACGACUUCUUCUCGCACCUGACCAAGGAUGCGGACGAGGCGGAUGCCUUGCGCAUUGCCCGCGAAGAGGAGCAAGAGAAGAUGCUGCUAAGUGGGCGCAAGUCAAGGCGAGAGCGGCGAGCCCAGAAGGAGCGGAGGAUCGCAAACAGACCAUUCAGUCCGCCCAGCUAUGCGGCCAAAGAGGACAAGGACAAAAAAAGCGGCGGCGGCAAGGGUGGCGGCGACAAGGAGAAGGAGGAGGACAGCGACUCGCGAUCGCCAUCGCCGGCGGAGGCCGGACCGGAGAAGAUCACCUACAUUACCUCAUUCGGCGGCGAGGACGAGAUGCAGCCGCACUCCAAGAUCACCAUCAGCCUGACCAAGCCGGGCCUCACGCUGGGUGAGUCCUGCAUCAAUGCCAGCAGCGGAGCAGCCAUUGCAGCGGCAGCAGCAGCUUCCUCCGUGUCCUAUGCCCAGAAGGUCAAAGACAACCUGGACAAGCUGAAGGUGAUGAACGAGUCGGCCAAGCGGCGCAGCAGCAGACGCCGUUCCCGCUCGGACUCCCGCUCUCGUUCAAGGAGUGGCUCCGCCUCAAGGAGUCGCAGUGGCAAUCGCAGACGGAGUCGUCGCAGUCGCAGCUAUCACAGGAGAAGCAGGACGCGCUCACGUCGUCGACGGAGGUACUACUCCCGGUCGAGAUCUCGCUCCAGGUCUAGAUCAAGGUCAAGAACAAGGACUAGGUCACGCAGCCGAUCGCGAUCUGGUUCCUGGAAACGGAGCUACAAGUCGCGCAGUCCCAGCUACAAGCGGUCCAGGAAGCGCUACUCCUACUCCUCGCGCAGCUCCAGUGCCAGCUCCUACAGGCGAAGGAGUCGCUCACGGGAGCGUUCCCACUCCAGUCGCAGGAGUCGCGCCAAAAAGAAGGCCACACCACCAGCGCCUCCAGUGGCGACAGUUGGUGGCUAUUGCCUGAGCACCACCACGACUACGACGACAUCCACCCUAACAGCGGUGAAGCUGCUCCAGCAGCAGCCAAAACCAAUGCCACCCAUGAUCAGCUAUCCCCUGCCGGCACGAGUGCUUAAUCUAAACCAAUCCGGGACAGCUGCCGCUACUGUUCUAGUGCAACCGCAGGUGGUGGAGCCACCACCGCCGCCACUGAAGCGCUACUACGGCCGGAAAAGGGCCAACGACACCUCCUCCUCAUCCUCGUCGGGAGCGGAGAACAGCGAGGCGGCCAGCGACAACGAGGAGCAGCCACAUCAGCAACAGUUGUUGGGAAAGCGAGCAGAGGACUCCGAUGAUAUGGAAGUGGACACUGCGUCAGAGCGCUCCCAUGCCCUCCAGCCGACCAUGUCGUCAUCGAGCAGCACGGGUAAUCAAACAGGCAAAUAUAGUUCUGCUACCGAAACCAAAGGCUCUGGACAUCCGAGUUCUGGCGGCGGAAGACCCAAUCUGCGCGAGCGGCUUAAGCGAAAGAUGCAAAACCUACUGAACCGGCAAUAUAAAGCCGAUAAAAGGGCUGAGAUCGAGAAGACGGAAAGGGAGCGUCUGCAGCAGCAGGAACGUGAGGAUGAGAUGCGCGAACUGGCGCUGAAGCUGCGCAGGAGGCGGCGUGAGCUGCGCCACAAGUAUGGGACCCCUUCGAGCGGCAAGCUUUCGGGCAGCGAGGCGGAAUCGGUGGCCUCGGAGGGCCAGCUGCUGGCGAAGACAUCCUCCCGCCGCACCCGCAGCAGAUCGCACAGUCGCAGGCGGACUCCGCCGACGGAGACACAGCCGCACAGCAGCCGGAGGAGCAGCAGUCGAACGGAGAGGAGGCGUCGCACGAGAACGCCCAGUCCCAAGCAGCACAACCGGCGGCAGCUGCGUUCACGCUCCAGGAGCGGCAGUCGCGGCAGUCGUGGCAGUCGCGUGGAGCGGAAACGACGCUCCCACAGUCGACGACGGAGUGGCAGUCGAGAUCGGCGACGUUCCCGCAGCCGAAGGAGUCAGUCCCGGCGGCGGAGACAGCGGGACCGCAGCAUGGAGCGGAACCGCGAGCGGGAGCGGUACAGGCAACAGCAUCAUCAUCAGCAGCAACAACAGCAGCAGCAGCACGAAAGGAUGCGCGGACGUGACCGCGAUCGAGAUGCGGAUUUCGGUGGCAGUGGCUCUUCAAACAGAGGACGCGUCGUCAUAUCCGCACCGCCAAAGCUCAAGAAACUGGUUGACUAUUGAACCCGAUGAUAGCGCUGUGAAGGAGCCUCAUUAUUUUGCUUUUCACUUAUUAUACACUUGAUAUUCGCUCGAUUGUUUAUAGAUUUAGGAAUCAUUUCUGGAGCGUGUACUGCGUUAACUGUUGAUUUUGGCCCCAAUAAAAUAAUUUUAGCUAUAA